AUUAAAUGAACGGAGAGAAAAGAAUAGUGGGAUGGAAUGAGUUGGCUGAUCAUAGUAAUCGAACAUCACUUUGGGUUGUGAUAGAGGGAGAGGUGUUUGAUGUAACAACUUAUUUGGCCGAACAUCCAGGAGGUGAUGAUAUCUUGCUUAAAUAUGGUGGAAUGGAUGGGACUUAGAAAUUUCUAGAGGUGAACCAUUCAAAUUAUGCUCGUUCCCUCAGAAAUGCUAGAUUAGUUGGAACACUUACUUCAGAUCCCUAACCAAGUGAUUACGUGAAGGUUGUGAAAUCUAAAAAACAAAAAGUAGAAAUCUGAUGAUCAACUCUUAGAAUAAUUUUAAUCCAAAUCGUUAGAUUUCAUGGGAGGAAUUAGCACUACAUAAUAAAAAGGAGGACUUAUGGAUGGUUAUAGAAGGAAAAGUGUACGAUGUGACAGAUUUCUAAGAUGAUCAUCCAGGUGGUCCAGCAAUCUUGUUGGGAAAAGCAGGUGACGAUGCAACUGCUGCAUUCCAUGAUGCAAAUCAUUCUCAGAGUGCUUACAAGUAAUUAGAGAAAUUAUAGGUGGGUGUAAUAACAGGUAUAAAUAAUUGAAUAAAUUAAAGGAGUUAAACCAAAUGUGAGUGGUAGCGGUUCAAGCACAAAUUUGAUAUUCGUCAUUCUUUUGAUAUUGGCUAUUGGAGCAGGAAUAUAUGUGUUUACAAAAUGAGG